GGCAGGGGUACAUCAGUCAUAAGAAGUCCUUCUUCAGAUAAGAUACUAUACCCUGUACUCGAUGUUCCCACAAUGUUUCAGUGAACAUGUGCUCUAUGUUCUGCUGCACAAACAUUCUUUAUAAUGGAAGUCAAAUGGCUUUGGAAAUACCAAACUUAAAAUGCCCUAGGUAAUAUUGAAUUCAACAGAGAGCAAUACUUGGGAUGGAUGCCACUGGUGGUGUGAACGAUUACAUAGCAGGAUGUUUAGGCGGAAUAGCAGGGCUUGUUGUAGGGCAUCCCUUUGAUACAACUAAGGUUCAGAUGCAAACCCAGCUGGCAGGCCAUCAUUACAAAGGUACAUGGGAUGCGAUCAAGAACAUCUAUCAUCAUGGGCUGGGAAGGGGCUUCUUCCGUGGGCUAUCAUUUCCACUGGUUUCAUAUGGGGCUAUUAAUUCAGUCUUCUUCGGUGUGUAUGGAAACAGUCUCCGUUGGUUGCAUCCAGACACCACAACUCAGCCUUCCUAUAGAGACAUUUAUAUAGCUGGAUGCAUUGGGGGUACUGCCCAGUUGGCUAUUGCUUGUCCCGUAGAUGUAGUAAAAGUGGUGCUGCAGUCUCAGAUACCACACGGUAACGAGAAGACUCGUUCUGGGUACUUCAAGGGGCCUUUGGAAUGCAUGAGCAGCAUAUACAGACAGUGUGGCAUAAAGGGCAUGUAUCGUGGUAUGUACAGCAUGGCAUGGAGAGACAUUCCAGCUUAUGGGCUUUAUCUUCUUGUCUAUGAGGCAAUGUACGAUGGUAUGCAAAGAACACAGUUGUUUGACAAGCAUGGAAUUUUUGCUAGUCUUUUUGCUGGUGGAUGGGCAGGGGUCAUAUCAUGGUCAGUCAUCAUCCCUUUUGAUGUGAUAAAAAGUCGCAUCCAGGCAGACAUGCAUGGCCUGGUUUAUAAAAGCACCACUGAUUGUAUACGGAAGACAUACCAAGAAGGAGGGUAUAGAAUUUUUUUCACGGGGCUAGUUGUAACUGCAAUUAGAGGAUUUCCUACUUGUGCUGUUACAUUCCUAGGGUAUUCACAAGCUUUAAGGUACCUAAACCAAAUCCACGCAGAACCAGAAACCAUUUGUCAUCAGCCAGAGAUUGUUAGUGCUGAGGUUGUCAAGUAGAAAAUUACCAGCUUAAGGAAAACAUUACUAUGUCAUUUUUUGAUAGCUAUAAAAUACCCGCUUCAUUGUUCAGUAGAUUAUUUUUGGUGUUUAAAAAAAAAGAAAAAAAAAGCUAAUCCCAUGCACAUUGAUUGAUUCCAUUGAUAUAGGUGUUAUGGCAGCCUUUAAAUUACAAACUCAGGAAAUUUUAAUGUUAUAUAUAAACAGCAGCACGUAGUAAAUUUUUUCUUCUUCCUAAAUGAUUAAGAUUACUUGGAGGUAAAUAAAUAUACUUUAGAUAUGUUGAAUAAGUGUUUCAAUCAACUUUUGUUUACAUGCAAGAAGUAAGUUAUUUAGUUAUAAAUUAUUUUAUGAACAAUUCAUGAGAUUAACUUCUUCAUGACAUGUACAAUCAUUAGAAUAAUAGUAUGUUUAAUUUAUAAAUAUUUUAUCAUCAUUAUGGCAUUCUUUAAGGAGGAAUAUGAUAUUUGUUCUGCUAAAAUGACAGUAGAUUGGAAGUAUGUUUUGUAGUUUGUAUUUUUUAAGCCCAUUAGCAGUGUAGUUUCUAUGUUUAUUGGUCAAUAAAAUGCCAUUUUUAUUGCAUUUUUAUGUAUUACAUUGCCAUAAUAUAUGUAUUUCAUGUUACAUUUUUACAAAAGGAAAUGCAUAUGAUUACAUGCAUUUAAAAUAUAGUUUUCAAGAAUUCUUUAUAAGUGUAAAUGUGGGUUUCACAUAACAAACACACCAAAAUAUGCGAGUACCAGUCAUCUCACUCCAUUCUGUGGUAUACAUUAGUAAGUGGGUGAAAUAUUGACAACAGCAGACUAACAUAUCCGGGGAUCAAAUGUGGCUGACCCAAUUGAAAGCUUGUUGCAUUAUCCCCGCGGAGAAUCUAUUCAUCGUCAAUUAUGGGAUUUAUGUGGCAAGCUUUUAAGUGGGUUCCCAUUUUUAAUAUGCGGGUCUGUAAGUCUGCUGUUGUGAAUUCAGCCAAUGUGACCCACCAGUAGAGGCCAGGUAUGACCAGGGUUUACUGUGAUAAAUCGCAUAAUUCACUGUCUCUGAGGGAAAAUUAGGUCUGUGCAAACUGAAUUUCUUGUGGGACCAAAGAAAGGGGCUUUGUAUAAUGUUGGGUAUUGCUCUGGCAAUUCUAUGAUAACACCUAAAGAGUGCCAUGGAAAUAUUUGAUGAAUUUUAUGAGUUAAAAGUCAUAGCAUAUAUGUCUACACAUGCACAUUUGAUAAUGUUAUGGAAGUCCAAAUUAAAGGCUUGGUUAAGACAUACUUAACCAAAGAUAUAUAAAUAUAAACAUACAAAAACACUAGUUUGCUCAAUUUACUAAUUUCCCUUAGUAUAGAUCUUCCUUUAUUACUAUACAGAUAUUUAGAUUCCAUAACAGCACUUUUUAUGACAAAAGAAGUUGUUACCAUUCUUCUUUUAACAGGCAUGAAAGACCUGUUUUAAAGUUUUCAAGUCAGUAAUGUUAUGCUUUAAUGCUUUUUCUUGCUAGAACAUUUUUGAGUUGACAGUAUAACUUGUUUAUUUUAGAACAAAUAUCAGAUGAACAUGAACUGAAGCAACCAAUAAGGCUGCCAUUAUUGUUCCCAUUAUUAUUUAAUAAUUAAUUAUGUGGUAAUAAAAAUAACUUUAUUUGCUUAUUUUUCUAGCCUAGCAUAUGCUUUUUCUUUGGUUAUUUGAUAUUUAUUGAACAAUUUGCACAUGCUCAGUAUAUGGAAUAUGAUAUGAUAUACAAAAAUAUUGUUGAUCUUAUGAGAUUAUUUUCAAAAAUUAAUGCAAAAAGUUUCUUUAUUUAAUAUAUUAUAUGCACAUUUCUAGUGAAUGAAGUCACAUUUUCUGCCAAAUAUUACUUGACUUUUAAAAGUGGAAGAAUGUUUUUAUUAUUAUUA